AUGUCGGCGCCUCUUUUGGACAGAGACCCAUGCCCAGACCGCAUCAUCGAGGAUGCCGGCGGUACUUUCGCCAUGGGCGCCGUGGGAGGUUCUGUGUUCCACCUCCUCAAGGGCCUCCACAACUCGCCCAAUGGCGCGCGAAUCAGUGGCGGCAUGCAGGCCGUGCGAUCGAACGCCCCGCGGAUCGGCGGGAGCUUUGCCGUGUGGGGCACCGUCUUCUCCAUCACCAGCUGCGCCGCGGUCUUCGUGCGCCAGAAGGAGGACCCCUGGAACUCCGUCAUCGCCGGCGCCGCCACGCACGGGUUUCUCCACCUGCGCAUGGGCCUCAGGGUUGCAGGCCGCAGGGCGGUCUAUGGCGGCUGUCUCCUCGCGCUCAUCGAGGGCGGCGCCCUCAUGGUAAACCGUCUCUUCGACGCAAAGAAGAACCCCCCGCCGCGGCCGCGCCCUGCCCAUGACCCCAACUUGGCCACGGCGAUCCCAUGCCCGCCCCAGCCCGCCGUGUCCCCUGCGGAGGUCGCGAGCUCGAGCGGUGGGGGUAGCUGGUUUGGGGGCCUAUUCGGCAAGGAGAAGGAGAAGAAGGCCAGCGGCAGUGGCGGCAAGUCGGAGGUAUUAGAGAGCUUUGAGACGCCCAGCCCUCCGAUGCCAUCAUCAUCUGAAUACAAGUGA